AUGCGCUCAAUUUUCUUAUGUCUCAUUUUCACAACAAUAGUUGCUCCACCUUUGGCUGAUGCAUUUUUAGCUUCUGCAUUUUCUUCUGUCAGUCAAGCUGGAAAAACAUCGAAUUGUCAUGAUUGGAGUGAAUAUGGUCCAUGUUUUAGGUAAAUUUCUUUCUCUGAAAAUCUGAUUCCAGUCUUGAAUUUUCCAGCACUUCUGAUCGCUCCUUCUGGCAUCGCCUCCCUCAACAAUGCUAUCGAAAUCGAUACAUGUCUGUGAGUGUUUGAAUCAUCUAGAAAAACACAAAUUUCGCCGUGUGAAAUGUUCAGCAGCGUGGCGCAGUGGAAGCGUGCUGGGCCCAUAACCCAGAGGUCGGUGGAUCGAAACCACUCGCUGCUAAUUUUUUUUUGAAUUUUUUUCCAAAAAAAUUUCAAUUAUUUCCAGUUGAUCACUGGAAUCGGAAACCCGAUUGUUCAAAAAGUAAUGGAUUAUGCGGAACUCUUCAACAAAUCAGCUGAUGCUUGUGGAAUGUGUAAUGUGCAAGUUGCAUGCUCGCCAAGAUGUGAUUAUGUAGCUGGGUGAGAAUUUCAGAUCAAUACGAAUAUAGAAUGAAUAAAUGAUGUUUUCAGUGGUAACUCAUUUGGAGUUGUUGAUCGAAUUUGCGAUCUACCAACAGAAAAACAAGCGUGUGCAAUGACUCCACAAGCAUAUGAUGAUAGCACUGGACUUUGUAAAGUUUGGCCACCAAGGCAUUCAACUGCCAUUGAUUUUUUGGGAGCUUUGGUUCCUCCAAAUAUUCGAGAUCAAGUUUGGCAAUUGAAACCAUUGAAUUGUAUAAGGUGAAUAUUUUUGGGGGGAAAAUGAGAGAGAGAGAGAGAGCUACAGUAACCCUGAAUAUUUUUCAAUUUGGAAAACAUCGAAAAUUCCAAAAUUUUUCAAUGAAAAAGUUAUUUUUGAAAAUUCAAAGUUUUUCAAAUAUUUAUCUAGUUUGGAGUUACCCUAAUUCUUCCCACAAAAAUUCUCACGUUUCCAGUAUAAAUGGAAAAUGUUAUUGUUGUUGCUCUCCUUACACACCAAAUCCAUGCGAUGCUCAAUGUACACUUCAUCCUUGUAGUCGACGACAAUCAUUUUCGAAAACACAAAUAAAGGUACAAAAUAGAAUAUAUUUUUGAUUGAUUGAUAUUUUAUCUUGUCAGAUUCUUCGUCGAAAAUGGUUGGCAAAACAAGAAGAACAACAAAGUGAAGAUAGAAAAAAGAAAUCAUGA